AUGAGCGACCGAUUUGAAACCCUGAAAACGCGAUAUCGUGAUAUUGACAGAAGAACACAGAACGAAAGCAGAAAAACAAAAUACUUUCCAGCAGUAGGCGAGAGAAUGAAUCCCGAAGAGCGUGUUGAGCCAGAAAGAUUUUCUAACAACACCAGCGAAAUGAAAGUUAUAGAAGGCUUGGAAGGGAUCUUACCACUCAGUACAAAUGAAUCAUGCGUCAGACCUAGCAUUAUUGGCGACAACCACAGUCCGAAUGCUGAGAAUCUUUAUUCUUUUCCAGGUGGGUCAUCAAUAAAGAGUUUUCGGGAAAGGGAUGGUUAUUUCUCAGGCAAAUUGUUGCACAAACAAACUUCUGAGGAAGGAGGCGAGAACGAAAGAAAUUGUGAGAAAACUACUUCACACAGUAGAGAAAAAGAGAAUCAAGAAUGGAUGCCACAAUCACAGCCAUGGACAAUGCAGAAACAGACAAUCAGUAGGAUGGAAGAUGGAAAUAAAGACACUCAAGAUGAAGAAUUCGAGAAAAGGGUGUAUGACCGUUGGUUCAAGCACCUGUUUGAGACAGUAAACGAACCAAAAACCAAAGCUUGCAUGAAACCUGUAACUAAAUUCAAAGACACGGAAAAAGUGCAAAGCCAUGAUAUCGUGGGAGGAUUUGAUUUUGUCCCUGCUUUAAGAUGUCGAGGUUGGCCGAAGAUUGCACAAGAUUGGAUUAAACAAGUGCGUAAGUGGCCUUCGCCUCAAAUUGUUGAUAGGAUUGUUCAAGAAGGGUUCCACUUGGUGGUAAAGCCGCCCAAAGUUGGUGGCCAUCCCGAAUACGACUUCAGAUUAUCAUUUUCUCACGCAGAAUACCUACUAAGUCAGGAGAUGAACAGUGUGCAGCGAGACUGCUACCGUUGCAUGAAGAAAUUUCAUCGAGCCUAUCUUUCUACUGCUCCAGAGGGUUUGGUCACUUUUCACCUGAAAAACCUACUUCUAAAAACACUUGAGGAAACUGAUCCCGGAAUGUGGACUGAAAGCAACAGAGUGUUUUGCUUGAUGAAGCUGUUUGAAAACCUUUUGCAAGCCCUUUUAAAGAAACAUUUGCCACACUUCUUUGUGAGAUCGUACAAUCUGUUUGGCGAAGAUUAUAUUGAAAACUCCGAGACCCUGGAAUCCUUGGCCGAAAGAGUUGAACGUAUUCUGGAACGGCCUGUGCGAUUUACAAGAGAGUUGCUUCGUCAUCAAGAAGAAGAACAGAAAGGUGGUAUAAAAAAGAAAUACAUUCCAAGUAACAAAUCAGUUGCAUCUGCAAAUCCUCUUACAGAAGUAGAACAACGAAAAAAAGAGGACAGUCUACCAAAACAAGAAAAGAAGAAGACGACUAGUCAAAGCAGCACUGGUAAAAGCUCAAGUCUUCGCUACCACGACAUGAAAGAGAUGUUCGUAGCAACUAGCAAUGAGUUGCUCGAUAUGGCUUUUAACAAAGCUGCUGAAACUGGCAGUUUAGAAGCCCUCGAUCCUCUAGAAAGGUCCCUAGUGGAAGAUCUCAGAGAGAUUAAUAAGAAACAUGGAAUCCCUGCGGUUGUAUUUCCCAUGAUGUUUGAAGGUGAAUGCUGGGACAUGGCGUAUUGCAGGGUUUGGAUCAACACUGACCCGAGAAUGAGGCAUCGUAUGCUUGAUGGUAUCAAGAGCGUUAUUGAGAUGUGGAAGUACAUUUUACAACAAGACGACUUUGGGACCGGAAAUGAGGAGGCGAUAUUCAGACAAAUGGUUGAUCCAUCUUCUGCAAACCCUUUCGACUUGAGCCAUGUUCUGCCAGCUGGUGCAGGGACGCAGUAUCUUACCAGGAUCGUCAACAACGUGAAGCCGAGGCCAUAUCAUCGGCCACAAGAUACACCCUGUACAGAUGAUAUUCCUUUAGACUGA